GUCGGCUUUGGAAGAUGUUUGGCGAGCUGUGCCGACUUUGCGAGCGUCCGGCGGCCGACGGCGGCCACCGAGCGGCCGAAUUGGACAAGGACAAGUUGGCCGAGUGGUGUUUGAAUUUCUUGGGCACUACUUUGGCCGAAGAAAUCGACGACCAUGACCUCUUCUGCUACUUUUGCGUCCCGGACGCUAGGUUUUAUCGUGAGGCAGCUAAUAAUGUCUUAUAUAAUAUCAAGAAUUGUGAUAUUAGCUGGUGGCCAGAAGAAGAAACUGACAAAGAUGCUCUCGAGCUGUAUAAAAACUACACAGCUGGAAAUGUGCAGCAGUGUUGGGUUUCUUUGGAAAAAUUGCCAAGUGAGGAAAACGCCGAUGUUGGAGGAAAGGCAGAAUCAAGGUUUAAAAAGAAUUGCUGCUACUGCAACAAGCAGUUUGUUGAAUUGACUCAACAUAUACACAAUAAGCACGCAUAUGUUGCAAUUAAAUGCAAUUAUAAGAAAAACUGCAACAAAUUCUUUAAAACUGUCGAGGAAAGAGACGCUCACUUAAAUGAUUUUCAUUUUAAGCCGAAAAUAGAAACUCUUUCAGACUGCAUUUAUUGUACUAGAAAAGGUUUAAAAAAUGCGACUCUGCAUAAACAUAUAAAAUUAAAGCAUCGUGAUGUGGCAAUCAGGUGCAGUAUUCGGAAUUGUGCGUUGUACUUUCAAACUCAAGCAGAUAUGGACUCUCAUUUUGAGGCAAAACACAAAACAUUUGAAGAAAAUAAAAGAUAUAAAUGUUCAAUCUGCGAUUAUAGAGCAAAUACUAAGGAUUUCAUAGCAAAUCAUGAGGCAAGAAUUCACAAAUUAAAAAAAUUAAUAAAAUGCCCAGAAUGUCCGAAAACUUGUAUUAGUAAAUGUGCUUUGAGAAGUCACUUUGAUUUUACACAUAAGUUUAGAACAUGCCCUUCUUGCAAUUUAAGAAUUAGAAUUUCAAAAUUCCGUAAACAUUUUAUAAAACGUUUUUGCAUCAAAUGUAAAUCCAGUUUCGAUUGUUUGGAAUUACUAAAAAAGCAUGAGAAGAAUUGCAAAUAUGGAUUAACAUGUGCUCUUUGCUUGAAAAGUUUUAGGAAAAAAUAUUUGUUGAAAUACCACAUGAACAGGAAGCAUUUAAUUCACAAUGGACAAGCUUCAAACUCCAAGACAAGUUUUAACUUUCACCAACUGAAAGGAAUCAAAUUAAUCCCAAAAAAAAUGAAUUGUGCUCACUGCAGCAAACCAUUUUCAACAAAAAGAGAUCUGAAAUCGCACUUGGCAUGUGUUCACAAUUUGAUAGAGAAAAAUCAUUGCUGCAAUCAAUGCUCGGAAAAAUUUAUUGUUGCUUCAAAAUUGAAACGCCACAUUCGCAUUGUGCACUUAAAGGAGAAGGCAAAAUGUACAAUUUGCAACAAAGAAAUAAGUUUGAAUUCUAUCAGAAGUCACAUGAUUCACAUUCACUGCUUUAAGUAUUGUAAAAACCAAUCGGAAUAUUCGUCCAUUUAACAUUAUUCUCAUAUAACUUAGAGGAGAGUAUGAUGUGAGUUUAACUUCUUAAUGCUAUGCCCAAUGCCCACUUAUGUUUAUAAAUAUUUGACUUAUUAUUUGAUUCAAUUUUUUUUCUAAUUUGGUAAAGUGGUUAGAGAAUAAAAAUAAGAAAUUAUAAUUAAAAGCAAUUUUAAUUUCUUGUUUUGUGUUUUAGUUGAUCUCUAUAUUUCGUUCAUGUUUUUAGUGAAUUAUAAUUAUAUUUUGUAUUUUCUUCAUACAUGUUUUGUCCAGAAAUGUUUCUGAUUUACUUAAUUGGUUGAAAAUCGUCUUUUGCUUUUACUUGCCAUUUCAUCAAGACUUUGUUUAACAAUUCAAAUCAAUAAAAAAGGAUGU